AGCUGGUUCCGAUUUAUCGUUAAUAUAUUGCUCGUAAGUAAAAGUGCAUAUUGAUACAGUAAAUGAAGUACAGGUCAGCUUCAGGUAUGACAAAUAUUUAAUCAUUGUAUCUCAUGGUAGCUCUCAGAGUUUAUAUCUUCUUUGGGAGUGAAAGCUUACUUAAAUAUUUUAAUAUUGUAGGCUAUCAUGAAACAUCCCACCAAAUUACAGACUGGCUAUCCAGUUUUUUAGUGCAACUCUAUCGUACUUACUGACACCACAAAAUUGUUUUAACGCUACCAAGGCCAAAAUCUGACUACCACAAUAUUAACAUUAUUAGUCAUAAAAUACACCUUUCCUUCCCUACAAUUACAAAUCCUACUAAGAACAGCUCUGCCAGUUGUCCUGAUGCAUUAGGCAUUGUCUUGCUCUAAUAACAGGUCUUGCACAAAGCUACUUUUGGUUUUGGUUUUGAAAUGCUCACCUCAGUAACUUUUGUACUUACUCAACAGGUAUCUUCUGGUUUAGUUAGACGUUUUAGAAGAGACUAGGAAGUUAUUAUUCUUGCAGGCUUAUUUAAUGCUAGUGGCUAGUCCGAUCUAUGAAUGUCAUUUACAGCUCUUCCUUGAGCCUCCGCUUCAAAUGCCGCUGACUGGACUAUCCUUACCCAUAUCCUGAAGAUCGGUCGCCUGGUUUCACUUUCCUACAGCUUUAACUCUGCUGCGUAAUCCACCUGCAAUUUCAAUGAAAGCAGGAGAAAUCUUUAACUAAAGGGCUGAGCUACCUACGCUACACUAGUAGUACACAGUACUCCAGUCACAAUGGACUGUCCCUCAAAAGCUGUAUCGUGACAGGGGAACAAGGCCCACCACUGCCAGGCCGGGGGGAGCCGGGCUCGGCCCUGACAAAAGCUGUAUCGCGACAGGGGGCCGAGGCCCACCACUGCCAGGCCGGGGGGAGCCGGGCUCGGCCCAGCAGCGGCAGGGAGGCGGCUGCGCCCAUCGGCUGGGCCUCGAGGCGGACGCGCAGGUGCCCAUCGUAUCUGUACGGGUACAUUCACCUUCGCCGUUACUUUUCCCUGCGGGGACCCCGUUCAGCACAAGGCCCCCGCAGUCCGGCCCCGGCCCGGGGAGCAGGCAGAGGCCCCGGCAGCACCGACCCCUCAGCCGGCUGAGGGCGGCCCCGGCCGGAGCCCGCGGCAGUGCACAGCCCGGCCAGGCGGGGCAGGGGCGCCGACAGCUGCGCUGCGACUGGGCUCGCCAGCCCCGGCGAGGGGAGCCCCGCGCCCUGGCCGGGCAGCGCCGGGCAGCGCCGGCGGCAGCCCGGACCCUUUUCCCUGAAACACCUCCCGGGCCCUGGCAGCGGCCGCGCCUGGCAACCGCGCUCGGGACCGGAGGAUGAAGCAGGCGCUGGUGGACGACACCGAGGAUGUGUCCCUCGACUUCGGGAGCGAGGAGGAGCUGGCGCUGCGGAAAGCCAGGAUCAGGCACCCACUGGCCACCUUUUUCCACUUGUUUUUCCGAGUGAGUGCUAUUAUUACCUACUUGUUCUGUGACUGGUUCAGCAACAGCUUUGUUGCCUGUUUUGUCACUAUUCUCCUCCUUCUAUCCUUUGACUUUUGGUCAGUUAAGAAUGUGACAGGAAGGCUCUUGGUUGGUUUGCGUUGGUGGAACCAGAUAGAUGAAGAUGGGAAAAGCCACUGGGUGUUUGAAGCAAAAAGGGCACCUACAACAGCUGCCUCAACUGAAGCUGAAGCUCGAAUAUUUUGGCUUGGUCUCAUCAUCUGUCCAGUUAUCUGGACAGUGUUUUUCUUUAGCACUUUGUUCUCCUUGAAGCUGAAAUGGCUGGCUCUGGUGAUAGCUGGGAUCUCCCUUCAGACUGCUAAUUUAUAUGGCUACAUCCACUGCAAAUUAGGGGGACAGAAAAGCACGAGCAGAGGAACCUCAAGGCUUUUUGUCACAGCAGAUGUUCCCAAGAGUCCCUAGGGGACUCCUGGCAGGGCCACCCUGACUUUCCAGCAUGCCUCCUGCAGAACUCACUGGGGGCCGUGCCCCGUGUCACACUGCUCUGGGUUCGGACAACCGAGCUUUCCCGCCCCGUGAAGGAUGUCCCCCAGAGAGCUCCUCGGGGGCUGCCUGCCGAGGUACCGCAGCGCCUCUGUGCCGGCACAGCUGGGCGAGCCACCCCCACCCCCAGGUGCUGCUGGGCUCCCGCCAAGCUCUCCUCCACCUUUCAUACCGGAUUCCUGUGGACGAGGUUGUGCCAACACCCACACGUCCUGUAUUUGUU